UUACCUCACUUUAUUUUUGCUUUUUGUUAACGUCUUAAGGGAUCUUUCCCAAACAUCUGAUGUAAUCAUUCAUUGCCACAUCUUUUUCUGGUUUGCGGACGUCAAUUUCAAAAUACCAGCCUACAUUUACCGGCUUGAAGAAUAAUUUAGUGACUAAUGGAUUCCACAAGUAUUCUUAGUCCCAGUGAGAAGUUUACUCUCAUCUCAAGAAAUCUCCAGGAGAUUCUAGGUGAAGACCAACUAAAGCUUAUGCUUAAAGAAAGAGAUAUAAAGUUAUACUGGGGUACUGCUACCACAGGAAAGCCCCAUAUUGCAUACUUUGUUCCUAUGACCAAAAUAGCUGACUUUCUUAAAGCAGGCUGCGAGGUUACCAUAUUGUUUGCUGAUCUCCAUGCUUAUCUUGAUAACAUGAAAGCUCCCUGGGAACUGCUGAAGCAGCGGGUGUUGUAUUAUGAAAACAUUAUUAAAGCUAUGUUGAAAUCAUUGGGUGUUUCAUUGGAGAAACUGAAAUUUAUUAGAGGUACAGAUUAUCAACUUAGCAAAGAAUAUACAUUAGAUGUCUACAAAUUAUCAUCUAUAGUCACAGAUCAUGAUGCCCGUAAAGCAGGAGCUGAGGUUGUCAAACAGGUUGAGCAUCCAUUGUUGAGUGGGUUGCUUUAUCCUGGUCUUCAGGCUUUAGAUGAAGAAUACUUGAAAGUCGACGCCCAAUUUGGAGGAGUUGAUCAGCGAAAGAUUUUCACCUUUGCUGAGAAGUAUCUACCACACUUAGGGUAUGCAAAAAGAAUACAUUUGAUGAAUCCUAUGAUUCCAGGAUUGACUGGUAGCAAAAUGAGUUCAUCAGAAGAAGACUCCAAAAUUGAUCUCAUUGAUUCUGCUGCUCAACUCAAGAAGAAGUUAAAACGGGCUUUUUGUGAACCUGGAAAUAUUAAAGACAAUGGACUUUUAUCAUUUUGUAAACAUGUACUGUUCCAGUUGCCUGCUGUAAAAGAUGGGUUUGCUGUUUCCAGAAAAGAAGAAAAUGGUGGGAAUGUUGUAUAUAAAAAUUAUGAUGAACUGGAAUCUGCUUUUGCUAAAGAGGAACUCCACCCUGGUGAUUUCAAAAUUGCCGUUGAAUUCUACCUUAAUGAAUUGUUAGAUCCCAUUCGCAAGGAAUUUGAAACCCCAGAAAUGAAGGCAUUAAUAAAAGCAGCUUAUUCACCUGCUCAAAAAGCUCCUGCUAAAGAAGAAGAAGUCACACCAUCACGCCUUGAUUUCAGAGUGGGGCGAAUAUUAUCUGUGGAAAAGCAUCCGGAUGCUGAUAGUCUGUACAUUGAGAAAGUUGAUUUGGGAGAAGACGCUCCUAGAACUGUGGUCAGUGGUUUGGCUGGUCUUAUACCUAUGGAAGAGUUAAACAAUAAAUUAGGAGUAUUUUUGUGUAAUUUGAAAUCCCAAAAGAUGCGAGGAAUUGAAUCUCAAGCUAUGCUUAUGUGUGCUUCUAAGAAUGAGCCACGGCAGGUUGAAAUGCUUGACCCACCUGAAGGCUCAUCCGAGGGUGAAGUUAUUUUUAUUGAAGGUCACAUGGGAACACCAGAUAAAGAAUUGAAACCAAAAAAGAAAAUUUGGGAGAAAUUACAGCCUGAAUUUCUGGUCAAUACAUCUGGCAUUGCUGAAUGGAAUGGAUACCAAAUGAGAAGUAAACUUGGAUUAGUGAAGAGUUCCUCAUUAAGAAAUGUUCCUAUUAAAUAAGCAGUUUAUUACAAUCUUUGGAAGUUUGAUCAAAAGAUAAUGUCGACCAUUAAUCCUUCCUAAUUAAACUACAAUCAAAAUUCUUUUAGAUGAUUCACAAAGUUUAUAAAUCCAUUUUAAAUAAUAUCAUAACUUACAUUUAAUGUUAUAUUUGUAUGACUGAAAUUAUGUAAAAUAUGAAUAAUAUUUGUAAGAUUACUUACAACAAACCAAUAAUAAUGACGAUAAUAAUUACAGCAUAGAGGACACAUAUUGGCCAUUCAAAAACACCAAAAUUGUAACUUCACUUAAACAUUUAUUAUUGGAUGUCAAAGUCUUUGUUUCAUCAACUGUAAUUUGGUCACUGAUGCGAUUCUGCUGCAUCUCAUUUAAAGCAAGUAUGUUGGUUAGUGACCAGGUUGCAGUUAGUGCUACAAUAAUUUUGACACCAAAUAAAUGUUUGUGAAUUUUAGCUUUUUUUUUUCUUUUUUUUUUUGAAUGCCUAGUAUAUAGCUUUCACACUAAUUAUUUUAAUUUCAACACAGGGUUUUAGAUCAAAUCACUUGCAUGGGAAGUACAUCUCUGAAAUGAUGAUAAUAAUAAUAAUAAAGAUUUCUUUUGAUGAUGAUAAAAUCUUUGAGCCACUUAAUGUAAUGUUAUAUUGUAUUUUCUUCUAGAUUAAAGUAAUAUUGAAUUUUAA